AUGUCUCGCCAGCUGAUCAGAACAUUGAGAGUGGGUAGCAUGUGUGCGUCGAAGUGGAACCCGCAACUGAGUGCCGAGCAGCUGCGUGUGCUGCGAGACCGCGGGACGGAGAGACCGCACACGGGCACGUACCUGUACAACAAGAGCACAGGCAUCUACCACUGUGCAAACUGUGACGUACCGCUGUACAGCAGCAGCGCAAAGUUCGACUCGGGCUGUGGGUGGCCCGCGUUCUACCAAGAGGUGCGACCUGGGGCAUUGCGGUACAUCCGGGACUCGUCGCUUGGGAUGGAGCGGGUGGAGAUCAGGUGCAGUGCGUGCGAUGGGCACCUCGGCCACGUGUUCGAGGGCGAAGGGUUCGCGCAGCGCCUAGGGCUGCCGAAGGACGUGCGGCACUGUGUGAACAGCUGCUCGCUGCGGUUCCGCGGCGAGGGUAAUUAG